AUGGCGGACGCCCCCCUAGCAUCCUUAUCACUGACCCAUGUCCAUUAUAAUCCCGAGGAUCUGCUCUCCUAUGUAUCCGCUUAUCUUGCUUUAGUGCCUCAGGCCCUAGUCAUCUCCUAUGUCACCCUUGCCUGGGCGUCCAGGGAAGUCGAAGUCAUCCUAAUGUUUGCUGGUCAGAUGGGCUGUGAGGCCCUGAACUUUGUUCUAAAGCGCAUCAUCAAGGAGGAGAGGCCGAAACAAAUGUUUGGCAAGGGUUAUGGCAUGCCAUCGUCGCAUGCCCAGUUUAUGGCUUUUUUUGCCGCGUACGCUGGACUCUUCUUGGUUUUCCGACAUUCCCCUGCCUUGGCACGCCCAUCAGCCACGGUUCACUUUGGGGUCCGAGCACUCCUCUCUCUUGUGCUGUGCGUCGCUGCUGCUGCAGUGGCUGUCAGUCGCGUUUACCUGAACUAUCACACCCCCAGGCAGGUCCUGGCGGGCUGUAGUGCGGGUGUCUCGUGUGCCCUCGCGUGGUAUUUCGUUACGCGGCAGAUCCGAGUUCUCGGUUGGGUCGACUGGGUACUAGACUUGAAAGUCUCGAAGUUCUUCCGGCUUCGCGACUUAGUGGUAAACGAGGACCUUGUAGAGGCCGGAUGGCGACACUCGGAAGCGAACCGGGCUUCCAAGAAGCGG